UGUUCCGUUGGCGUCGCGUCCGGCCUAGCUAGCCUGCCUGUAGCGCCGCCCUGCAAGGAGAACUACGGCCGCGUGGGGGCCCUGAUUGCUGACCUGAGCAGCCAGCACGGUACGCCGCCGUUUUCUCCUCAUGUGACUGUCCUCGGGGGGUUCGGCGACCAGCUGGACCAGGACCAGGUGCUGGCGCGCACGCGGGCGCUGGCGGCGCAGGUAGCCCCGUACCGGUGCCGGGUGGCGGACGUGGCGUGCGGGAGCUCCUACUUCCAGAUGGUGUACCUCAGGAUGCACAAAGACGCCCCGGUUCUGAAUGCUCAUGCUGCCUCGGUGUCAUGCUUCCAGGUGGCCCCCUCCUCCAAACCAGCGUACAUGCCCCACAUGUCUCUACUUUACGGUGACCUGGCGAACGAGGUGCGGGAGCAGGUUGUGGAAGCUGUGGCGGGCCAGCACAAGGACCUUUUGGUGGACACCGAGUUCCUGGUCAGGAGCUUCCACCUCUACAGGACAGACCCCACUGACCUUCUGAUGAAGACGUGGGAAGAAGUUGCUGUUUUCCCCUUGUCUGGACACGAGUGACUGAAUCAGAGUAUACGGGCAAGAUGGUGCCCUCGGCACGACUUGUCGUAUUGGUGAUCCGGAUGUCACAAAUUUGAGUGUACGUGUUGUGCUGAACAGACAGGUUAGAGAUAGUCACUUUGAGCGAGUUCACAAAGCAAGAGCUAGAAACAAAUCGACAUAAUGAUAGCAAGGGAGUUGUGGCGAGGCAGAUAUGCUUGAAAUAUGUUUCUCUUGCUACAACUCAUGCAGGCUAGCUUGCAAUUCAAUGUGUGCAUGCACUCACAUGAUGCUGGCCCC